UUCAAUGGCGCCAUUUUUGUUGUUCGCGAUUCAGACAGAGUUUUGAAUAUUUUUAUUUUUCGCAACAUUUCUCGUGGUAAUCGCAAACGAAAAUCUGUUUCGAUGCUCAUUCAAACGAUGGAGAAUAAUGAAGAAAUCCUUCAAGCACUGCAUGAGUUCGAGAGCGCGACGAAUGCAGAAAAAGUCCUUACACAAGAAUUAGAGGACAUGCUUUUGUACAUCGCUAAGACAGGGAGAGUCUUAUUUCCCUGGAAUUCUUUAAAACCUGUCUUCUUGUUCAAACUUGACAAGGUAAUGCGAGAAUUCUUCGAGAGCAGCCCAUCCAGGAAUGCUUCAUCCUCUGAACCAACUAUUACAGCAGACUUUGAAGUAAUGAGGCAGAGACUUUUGGAUUGUCUGGAUUCAUUCACAAGUGCACCCUUUACUAUUCAAAGACUGUGUGAGUUGAUGAUGGAACCCAGGAAAAACUACAGCAACAGUGAAAAAUUCAUGAGAGGAGUUGAAAAGAAUGUACUUGUGGUUAGCACAGUGGAUUUUGGCAGAGAUGAAGUUACUGUCUAUGGACUCACUAACAACAUUGAUGGGCAGCACACGUUGUCAAAUGUCCCUAAUGGUCCAGUUACAAACGGAGUUAUGAGCUUAGGAGCCUCGUCUGAGGGAAGCUUUGUCGCAGACCAUGGUUACGAUGAACGACUUUCGCCCCAUGUCACGCCAGAUAACGUGACGCUAAAUGUCACACCAGGCACAAAUGGACCUACACCCUUAAACGCACAUGAAAAUGGGCAUGAUACUCAAGAACAUUUUAAUGAAGCCAAUUCAACAGCCAAUUCCACCGGAGUGGAAUCGGAAGCCUCGUCAGUUCCACCAGAACACGAAGUACGCGAAGAAAAGAGUGAAAUACAGAGUACAAGAGACGCAGAACAUGUUGAACUAGAGCAGGCGCCACAAAGAGAUCGUAAUGAUGGGUUGCCUGUGACUUGUGCAUCUGGGAGUCCUGCAGAAGAAAAAGAAGCCACCCAAGUACCUCAGAAAGAUUCAAUACAACCAUCAAUAACGGAAAGAAAAAGUGACUCAGCCGAGCAACAGACUCUUGAAAGAGAGACUUCAAAAAGCCCCGAGAAAAUCGAAACAAAUGGAGAUGAAGAGCCGAUGGAUGAAAAUUAACAUACAGUGUAUAUGUACUUCAGUUCAGUGAUAAUGUUCCUGUCUAUCAACAAAUGACUGCUCCCAAUUCCUUCGAGUUUGAAAGACAAGUAACUUCACAAGAUGAAGUGUUCAUUGCCGCAUUAACUACAUUUUUUAACUGACACAUUUAAGUUGUUUAGAGCGGUCGUUCAAACGAAAGAACAUUCUCUUGUUUGCAUAAUUUUUAUCUUAGUAAUAUUUUGUCAGUGUUUGUUUUCUCAUUCACUGUUUAUAAUAGGGAAAGUCCUUGUAGACCUCAAAGAGAAUUUCCAAUUUUUAUUGUCCAAUCAAAUUGCAACGCUGGCUUUUAUGUUUCCCACUGCAACCAUUACUUUGCAAACAUGUUUCGUACGACUUAACUUCUCCCAUGUUGGAGAGUCAGACUUAAUUUUUUUACCAAUCAAGGGAAGUUCUGCGCAAAGAUACCUUUUUCUUCAGUUAUAUACUUUAUACCUUCGCAAUUAGCACUGUCCAUAGUUCUAUCCAUAAGGUCAACUUUUCUUUACAUAUUCCGUUUUAUUUUAUGCGGUUUGUCUUGAAUGUCCGUGUUCAGGAAUCUCAAAGGUGUCAUUUCUGAUUUUGAUUCCCUCCUUUUUUAGCUUCCUAGUCGUAGCUGCUGCUUUCUCAUUAUUUUACCCAUCCAAUUGUCAUCAUUCCUUUCUUCCAGAGAGAGAGAGAGAGAGAGAGAGAGAGAGAGAGAGAGAGAGAGAGAGAGAGAGAAAGAAUGGAUUUCCGUAACAUAAGUUUCUCUAAAAAAAAAAGUGACGCUUCGAUUCAUGAGCUCUAUAUAACUUAACUUGGGUCCAAUUUAACAUUAAACAGAGGCUAUUAUAUCUAGCGUAGAAAUUUCUUUUUUAUCCAUAAAUAGGAAUUGCCUCCCUUAAGUGUAGAGAACCAAAGCAAAGAAUUAAAAUAGUCGAAAAGUA